UAUAUAUAUAGAAGGAGGUUCGGACGGCGGAGCUAUCACGGUUUGUGCUCAGAAACUAAAAUAUUGAAUUUUAAGCGGGAAAUUCAAUGGAUUUCAAAUUACAAGGAGGCAAAGUAAAUUAGAAUCAGAGAAAUCUGCGAUGACACAGUCCUCGGAAACUUUCGACAGCGGUUCUUCUCGGUAGUUUUCAACGGUGGUUCUCCUCGGAAACUCCUCGACACAAUAACUAAUGGCGACAUGUGCUAUCUAUUUAUUACCGAUAAUAUUCCGUGAAAAUUUCCGAUCAAAUACUGAGACGUCUCAUCUGUUGGUAUGUACCAAGAACCUCCCGACAACAUUUUCUAGAGGUUUCCGAGAAAGUCUGUUUCUCGGAAUAUUCCGACGCCACUUUCUUAGAAGUUUACGAGAACAUUUGUUUGUCGGUAACUGCCUAAAAGAUUCCGACAAAACAAGAGUGUUAUCGCUAUGGCCUUGCUUACUCGUCGGAAAUUUUGCGAGAACAAUGAUUGUCAAAAAAAUUAGUCGGGAUACAUGAUGUUUUCUUGUAGUGAUAUAUAUAUAUAUAAUAAUAUAUAUUUAUUAUUUCAUGAUAUGUAAAAACCCUAUAAUACAUAAAAAUUAUAUUAUAAUAAACACUUGUAUAUAUAGUGAACAUUGUACACGCAUUAUCUUUAAUGAAGAUAUUUUCACUUUAGUCUCUAUGCUAAUAAAUUCCCUUUUCUUUCGUCAAAUCCAAAUAUGUGGCAAUAGGGAUUAAACAAAGUGAACUAGUGUGGUUUUGAAUAAAUUUUCUAAAACUAUAAGCUUUUUGUAUGUUUGUUUGUGGAAGUCAAGAACAUAUUCUACAUACAAAGUCAAUCAUUAAUAUUGAUUCUCUUCCCUUCUGCAGAAUUAAGUGAUCACAACUUACAUAUAGAGAUCCAAUUAACUCCUUUCACAUAGUAACGAAAUAAUCUCGACCAAUACCAAGUCAAAGUCAAUGUUGUCUCUUAUCCUUAUAUACAUCUUCCAACACAACUCAUUUUAUCAAUAAAAGCAUAGUCUUCCAUUGUUCUAUGUACAUACGUUCACCUCAGGAGUUAGUUCUUCUCUCCUUAAUAUUCUCAAGAAAAUGCCGAUUGGUGAGGUUAUUGUAGGGGCUGCUCUUGGAAUUACUCUGCAAGUGCUUCAUGAAGCUAUCAUAAAAGCACAAGAUAGAUCUUCAACCACAAAAUGUAUCUUGGUCCGCCUCGAUGCUACAAUCUCCAGGAUCACUCCGUUGGUGGCUCAUGUCGAUAAGAUCAGCAAAAGAGUAGAAGGUUCUCAGAGGAAAGUCAUUGAAGAACUCAAGCGUCUUCUUGAAAAGGCUGUUCCUCUUGUUGAGGCUUAUGCAGAACUCAGACGCAGAAACCUACACAAGAAGCAUAGGUACAAGAGUAGUAUCAAAGAGUUAGAAGCUUCAUUAAGAUGGAUGGUAGAUGUGGAUGUUCAAGUCAAUCAAUGGCUAGAUAUCAAAGAACUUGUGGCCAAGAUGUCUGAAAUGAACACAAAACUCGACAAGAUCACGUGCCAACCAACUGAUGGUAGUUGUUUCAAGAGCAAUGAUAGCACAUCACCAGUGCUAUCACAAAGUAGUAAUCUCAAAGCAACAGACGGAUCUUCAGAGGAAGAUGAAGAAGAAAGCCCAAGUAGUGGAUCCGAACCAAGGAUCGAUAUCCACCUGCGAUGGAGUUCAAGAAAAGGAAGAAAAGCUCGUGAGAUCCGAUUCAUGGCCAAGUGAUGGCUUAAGCAACAAGUAAAAUGAAUGCUCAUUUGUGAAAUAUGAUUAUCUUUUUUUUUUUUUUUUUGUGGUUGUGUGGAAUGGAAAUGGAAUCAUGUACACAAAUAAAAAUGUAGUUUACCAAAAAAAUGUGUAGAAAAGUAGAAUUCUUUUUUUUUCUCAAAUCUAAAUGUCAAGUGUGUUACAAAAUACCAAUAUAAAGAAUUUUAUAAAUGAAGGAUGUGAGAGGAAUCUUAUAUAAACACAUAUAUAUGUAGUGAAUCAAAAAAUACAAGAUGUGGUGUCUGAACAAUACGGACAAAACAGAGUUUGUCCUCCUUAGCUCUCAAAGAGCAUCAUAAUCUAUUUCUCCGCUACUAUCAACAUCAAUCUCAGAUUCAGCAAGAAACCAUCAAAGCUACGAACAUCUGGAAUUGUGGCCUCUGAGAUGAUUUGCAUUAUAUUGUCAAGGCUCUGCAUCGGCUGUGCUCUGAUUCUUCAAGAACCAUUCAUGGAAUUUGAUAUCCGGAAUACUGAUUAUCUGCCACAAUUGGAUCUCUCAUCAUUUGUCCAUACAGAACCCACAAUAGCUUUAUAGAACCGUAAGACUUACAGUUGCAGGAUCAGCCACGAGAAUCCUCGAUAUUAGAUGGCGACAUUCUGGUGAAAGGUUUAAGUCCUAAGGGAUUGAGUAUGUGACACUAAGGAUUCUCUGCGUUUAAGCAGUUUCGAGAAUAAUUAAUAAGAAAAAGAUGUUUUGAGAUAUCAAGAAAACUGUUUCUUAAGAAAACGUUAUAUGUAUGAUCUUUCGAUAAUCUGUUGGCUGGUCUGGAUUCUCAAAUGGAUAUGCAUCAACCAACAUUACAUAAAGGGUUACGCCACAUGAGGGCCCUAGCGACUUUAAAAUAUGAGAAUAUUUUAAGCUUUAUAGAUUACUUGGUCUCAUUCUCCACAUGAGAGCCCUAGUGGAGAGGAAGGAAUUGGUCUCACUGCCACAUACUUUGCCAUCAUAUUCCUGUCGAAGAAGAAUCCCUGGUGCAAUGUAUGCAGGAGUACCAACAGUUGACUUAGGUUGCGAAGGAAGAAUAGAAGACUGAAGAAAAAGAAAUGCAUAUUUGAGAUUUACGCAGAAACAAUUCAUUUCAAUGUUAAUAAACAGGAAAUGUAGCGAUAAGAAGCCGCAGAAGGAACUGAAACACAUAUAAUAAACAAGGAACUGAGAGAACAAACCUAGAGAGAAAUAGUAGUACCUUAGAAUUUCCAAAAUCACAUAUUUUAAAACGAGGGGCAUGACUUCCAUCCAACAAUGUAUUUGCAGAAAUAUGCGGAAGUAAUAAGAAAAUAGAAAAAGUAUGUAUAUUCUUAGAAUGAUUUGUACAAAAGAUACAAGAUAUGUAGAGCAAUAAACUAGCUUGUUAAUUUUUAUUUUAUUUUGCAUAAAGGAGAAAGAAGAAGUAUUCAUAUUUUUGUCCAUAGAGUCAAACAUACACUACAAGAAGUAGUUUAAUUUCUGACAUACAUUUAUGUUGGAAAAUUGUCAGAAAUACGCUGUUUUGACCACAUUUUGAACAAAUAAAAUCGUCAGAAAAAUUCAGAAAUAUCGUCAAUUUUUUUGACCAUAUUGAAAAGUCAGAAAUGUCGUCAAAAAACAAACGUCGGAGAAUUAUCAAAAACAAUUAUCUACUUUUGAUGAAUCUGUGACCACUAUUUUUGUGUUAAUUUCUGAAUAUUAUUUAAUAAUAUAUCAGAUUAUUAAUUUAAAUAAAUAGUAAUGAUAAUAAUAACAUAAAAUUGUAAUAUAUAAUGAAAUCUGAAUAAAUAUGAAUUAAAUGUUAUUUGAAACAAAACAAUUGAAGUUUAACAACACAAGAAUACAUUCAUUAAAAAAAAAACUAAAAGCGGACUAGAGCUCAUUCAUCAUGUCCGCCUUGCCAUUACUUAAUUCAUUUGUUUA